CUGGGUAGAAACGAGCGAGGAGAUUCGCUUGCCACUUGAGUUAUUAUGUCCAUCAUUAAAUUUUAUUUUGUCAUUUAAUGUGCUUUUAAGUUCCUUUUCUUAAGCUAGAGCCCUUGUUUUAUUUAUCCUCCUGAUUAAUUGAAGAUUUUUCAAUCAUGUCAACAAUGCCAACAAAAAAUCGAAUUCUGUCUAUUCAACAACUGUCCAAAUUGAAAGAUCACAAAUAUUUUUCCACUGGAAAUACCUUGUUGGACCCAUACAUGCAAAUAUUUUGGAGGUGGUUGGUUGAACAGAUUCCAUUGACAUGGGCUCCAAAUGCGCUGACUCUGGCUGGAUUGACUGGAAACAUACUUUCCACUGUCUUCCUCAUGCUCUACUGUCCCGAUGGCCAUGGAUAUGCUCCCCCAUAUUGUUAUUUGUUGUGCGCAUUCCUUCUUUUCAUCUAUCAAUCCCUGGAUGCCAUUGACGGCAAACAGGCGAGGAGGACGAACAGCAGCACUCCUCUCGGUGAGCUCUUCGAUCAUGGCUGUGAUGCUCUGUCAAUCGUUGUGAUCAUACUCGGUGUGGCCAUAUCUUCGCAGAUCGGCAGCCAUCCAGUCAUCUUUUCACUGGUCUUCUUCAUAACAACCUCCCUCUUCUACAUGGCUCAAUGGAAGACCCUGGUCACUGGAGUCAUGCAGUUCUCACUAUUGGAUGUGACGGAAGGACAAGUUGCCAUCAUUGCACUCUACCUGGUCAACACAUUCUUCGGACAUUCAUAUUGGAAUGCUAACGUCAUUGUCGAGGGUCUGACUCCCAAGUUGAUUCUCUGGAUUGUGGGCAUUUUGUUUGGCCUCUCAGUUUUCGUCAAGUUCAUGACUGUCAUUGUUCAAGAAAUAAAAAGGAAGGCCUCUGACCACGGAGGGAUAAACGUGUACCCUGCCAUUCCUUUGUUGAUCCUCAUCACAUUCGGGGUGGUCUGUUGCAUCUUUUCGAAGUCACGUGUCAUGCAGAACAACCUCGUCCUCUACCACUUCAUGUUUGGAGUUGUCAUCACCAAGUUGUGCUGCAGAGUUCUGGUGAGUCACAUGACGAAAUCAGAGAUGUGCUUGGUGGAUUCCAUAUUCAUCAGUCCAUGUCUGCUCUUCCUCGUGCAAAUGUGCCAGGUGGCCAGCGAGGAUCUCAUGCUCUGGAUUGCUUUUAUUUAUGCAUGGAUGAAUUUGCUGGUCUAUGUCCAUCAAGUCUGCUCGGACAUUUGUGACUACCUCAACAUUUACUGCUUCUCCAUCACGCACCACAACAGCAACGAUGUCCAACCUAGCAAAAAGUCAUAG